AUGCGAGAGGUACGAGAGCUGAUAAGAUCAAAAAACAUAAGACUAUCGGUCAGUGAUAAGGGUGGAAAGUUCGUUGUAAUUCCCCAUCAGUUAGAUGUUGAGAUAACGGAAGAGCACCUUGAAGAUGCUUCACUUUAUCGUCCGUCGUCUGAGAAGGAAUUUAAAAGUCAAUACCGAAAGUUAAACAACGAAUGGGCUAAAGUGGCAAGAGCGGCCGGGUUAAAACCAUCAGUUAUUUCUUAUCUCAAAAUCUACUUACCAACAUGUCUCGUCCUGUACUUACUUAUCAAAACCCAUAAGUUAGUAUCCAGCGAUGAUCUCGUGUCUAUCGAUCCAUAG